UUUGUCUGUUUGAAGGUGAAUUUGAGCGGAAACAGAACACCCUCCGAGACGAAACGCUUGAAAAACAUAUUUCAAGAAUAGCUGGUCUUUGUAAUAGGAUGUAAUGCUUCCGAUCAAGUCUGGAUAAGAGGUUGGAGAACAGCAGACGCAAGUGAUAAAACUUGUUAAUGGACGUGGGAAUGAGCUCCAACUCACCUACAGACAUUUGUGACUGGGUGUGCUGGAUCCAGUGGUGCGUGUAUAUCCCCAUUCUGGUUGCUGGUCUCCCUUUGAACCUUGGCGCUCUGUGGCAGCUCUACUUCAGUGUUCGACGCUGGAGUGAAUCCACGGUUUACCUCACCAACCUGAUAAUAAAUGACAGCCUGCUGAUGCUCUCUCUGCCCUUUAAAAUACACGCUUAUGAGAAUGAAUGGACCCUCGGCCCUAUCUUCUGCUCUUUGCUGGAGAGCCUGCUCUACGUCAACAUCUACGGCAGUAUAAUGCUGAGCGUGUGCAUCGCCGUGGACCGCUACAUUGCUCUCCAGUUUCCAUUCGCCUCCCGCCGUUUGCGAUCUCCACGCAAGGCAGUGCUUCUGUGUCUGUUCAUUUGGUUGGUGGUUUUCAUAAGCAGUACCCCCAUCUACAAACUCCACGAUAACCCCGGUAACCACACUAACAAAUCUUACUGUUUUCAGAACUUCUCAGAUAGUACCUGGACAAAAAGUGGUAUUCUGGCAGCUAUGGAGACUGUUUUUUGCAGCAGCACCAUGGUGAUGGUGUUCUGUUCUGUGCGCUUGGUGCAGAUCUUGCGUGAUCUGAGGGCACGCAACCCUGGUGAUGCCAAACUACGCAACAACAAGAGUGUAAAGAUCGUCCUCAGCAACCUGGUGGUCUUCCUCACAUGCUUCAUCCCUUACCACGUUGCGGCGCUGAUGUACUUCCAUGCAAAGAGGCAUGAUUGGGACUCAGACACCAUAGAUCAGCUACGCUACUUUAUUCACAUAAGCAUUUGUAUUAGUAAUGUGAAUUGCUUGGCAGAUGGUGCAUGUUACUAUUUCAUUCUUAAAGAGAACCUGCAGUCGGCACAACAAGAAAGGAGAAUGGCUGUACACGUAAGAGAGUUACGGAUACCAGAAUCAAAGACUCAUACAUUUGAGGAAAUGUGUAACUGUACAUCCAAAGCCACUGAGAAUACGGAAAUAUGUGUGGACACUGGUUUUACAUAAAUGACCUACUCAAAAACUAUCAAGCCAUGUCAGAAACGAAGAUCCAAAUACAAGGGAGAUUACUCUUAUGGAUCAAUCCUAGGGUAACACAGCAAAGAAGGACAGUGGACUGAUACAUAGAAAAAUGCAGGUGGAUGGAGUGCAUGCUCAGUAUUGAGCCUUUAUGUCACAUGUAUACAGCUCAGUUGGCUAAUUUUGGGGCUCCAAAAAAAGUGGAAUAUAAUGAGAGCUAGUUGAAUGUAAUGACUGUUUGUGAAACUGAUUUUUCAGGUUUGCAAGCAAAUGUUUUUGUUUGCUGUGGGUUAUGAAGCAUUUCUUUUUCAUCUGAACAUGUUUAGCAGGGCUGCCAACUCUCAUGCAUUGAGAGUGAGAGUCACGCAAUUGACACUGUUCUUACACUCUCACACCACACACCUCUUUUCUCAUGCAGUGAAAACGUCAUGGAGCAAAGAGGACAAUAAAAGCGAACAGACAGACAAGACAGAGCAGGCAGCAGCAGCGUGUUUUCCAGAUCAAUCAGGGGGGAAACAGCAGCACAACGCCUCUCACUCUCCUCUCGCACAACAACUCUCACGCCGAGCUGAAUUCAAAAGUUGGCAGCCCUGUUUAAUGUCAAAUUUAUGUAUGUUGCAUUUACAUUUCAGAUAGUCUAAGCUAUAAGUGCUCAUUUGUGAUAUGCAACAUUUCGAGUGGAUUUUUACAAUACCUAUAACUAGUGGUAACUGACUAAGAACUGUGAUUCGGCGUUGUCCAGCUCAGUAUUUUUUGUAAGCCAUUUAGAUACCUCUGCUUGUCUACGUUGAUAGUUAGAUCAUAUAGGCCUAGCCUAGCACAAGGCUUUUAGCUGAGGAACUGUUUCUUCAUAGAAUUAGUUUGGGCCCAUUAAUUAAACAAAAUCGCAUGUUCCUUAUCUCACCACCAGAGACCACCCUUUCAUCAAGGCUUUCUGUCUAAGAAAAGGCUGUUAGCCAACAACAGGUUUAUAGGUCACAUAAACUAGAACACAAAGCAGACAGUGUCAUUUUAAAAUAAAUGUUUAACUUUAAUGCUAUCCUCCUACAAUGGAUUGAAGAAACAGUUUAUUAGAUUAAAGCAGAAGCAAUUACAUCUUAUUUUGUGUGUAUGUGUGAUGCGUGUAGAAAUCUGAUAUAAAUGCAGCGGAGAGUUCGUCUAUGUAUUUUUGCUGGAUGUUUUUUUAAUAUGUUGGAAAUAGUGAAAUCUAUAGGACAUUGUGUUUAAUGCCUGAUUUAAAGCUGAAGUGUGUAACUUAUUCUGUUGAAAUACUUACUCUUAUCCCAGGUUAAUAUGAAGAGACAACUGUAAGCCAUUUGUAGGGUAAUUUUCUCGAAAACUGUGAACACUGUCUCUGUGGUGCUAUUAAAAAGUUAGUUUUGACAGACCUGUCAAAUUUUACAGAACUGACAGCAACACUGACUCAACAAUAGAAAAAAAUUGCACACUUGCUCAAUGCUCCAUUUUAAUCUUGUUUCAACUCAUACAUGUCUUCCUCAAAACUCAUAUGAGUCAAAACAUUAACCACGUAGUUUUAGAUUAAAUUGAUGGAGCAGUGAGCAAGUUGUUUCUAAUUUUGAGUCAGUGUUAAAAAAAUUGUAAAAUGGUCUGCACUUAUAUAGCACCUUUUUAAGCCUUAACGGUAUUCAUAGUGCUUUACACUGCAUCUCAUUCACCCAUUCACACACACAUUCAUACACCAAUGGUGGCAGAGCAGCUAUGUAAGGUGCUAGCCUGCCAUUGGGAGCAACUUGCAGUUCAGUGUCUUGCCCAAGGACACUUCGACAUGUGGGCCAGGAUUGGAACCACCAACCCUGCGAUUAGGGGCCGACCCGCUCUACCAACUGAGCCACAGCCGCCCCUGUUACUGUCAGUUCUGUGAAAUUUGACAGGUCUGUCAAAACAUACUUUUUUUAAUAGCACCACAAGUUUUUUCUAUUACAAAUGCAAAUGAGACGCACACAAUAAAUAGACUGCAUUCAGAGUAGCACCAUUUUUAAUUUUGGAUGGGAAUGAUAGCAAAGAUGUGAUGGAUAGACUUACAGGGCUCUAUUUUCUUGAGUGUGCAAAGCACAGCGCUACAUGCAACAACGCUACAUUUUAUCCAGUUUGCAUGAGAGUGUUCAUUCGAAGUUAAAUUUUUGUGCCAGCGCAAAGCACAAGUGGACGUGAGUGGGUGUAUGCCAGCAAACUGUGGGUGUAAUGUAUGUUAAUGAAGUGGCGUGAAGCGCAAUUUGCUAUUGUCCUGAGAAACAGCUCAUUGCGAUUAGAUGUUUUAAAACCACCUCUAAAACCAGUUCCUGCAUUUGAGGUUUGGAGAUUCUACCAGCAGAUCAUAAUAAAGUCCAUGUCCAAUCUGUGAAAACAUAGUGGAAUAUCAAAUGAUGUCCCUGACUAUCACAAUUGUAGCCAUUUUACUAAACAAAAUGUUGUGAGAUUUGUAUCUUUAGGUCAUGGUUUAUUUUCAAUUAUUAUGUUUAUAUUUACAAUUGUAUUUAUGAUAAAAUUUGUAUUUUUCCACCUGUUGUUGUAGAGUGAUUUUAAGUCACUGCAAAAGGGCCUGUGGAAGAAGUAAGAGAGGGUCAAAUGUUUUUUUUUGCCCACUUCGAUAUUUUGAUUAUCUUUUUGCCUUGUUUGAAGUGUAAUCUGAAUUUAGAAAUAUUUUUGGGUUAUUUUUUUACUGUUUAAAUUAACAAAUUUAGUUUUUCAAAAUCAACCGGUAGAUGUGAAGUGCAUGCCGACACAAUCACUGUUAAUACUAGACAUAACUGAUGUGUCAGUAGAUGAAAAUGAUUAAUAAUAAUUAUUAUUUUUUAUAAUUUAAUAGAGCGUACAUCCAAAUCUUGAUGAGCAUCACAUUUCUAUGUAUAUAAAGGAACGUGUCACUGUCAUUGACAAAAUGCCUGACAUUCAACAAGGACGCAGUUAAUUCACAAAAGAAUGUAAGUCCAUAUUUCUAUUAUUUUAAUUAAUUGCAUACAGUCCAUUUACACAACCAACUUCUUAUGAAUGUCAUGUCUUUAUAUCACUGGUGCUUGACAGAAAAUGUACUGUAUAAUAGGAUGCAUACGGCGGAAAAACCGGAGAAGAACCUCAGAAUUCAAUUAUAAUUGAUCCAGCCAAUUAGCGCUUUGCGCACAAAACUUUCACCAAACCAACUUGCGGCUAGACUUAGCGCAUGCUUGCAUGAAUAUACUAAAACUUCAUGGCCGUGCCCACUGACUUUGUGCUUAUGCGCUCUUAAAAUAGGGCCCACAGUCUCUUUAAUAACAUGCACUUUAAAAAGCUGAAUAAAGGUCCUAGAUCACAUCUAAUUUCCACAACUUGAAACUCCAACUUGGAGUUUUUUGUCUUAUUUUUAUUUUAUUUUUUCAAUGAUUCUUCAGCUGAAUUAUCAUAAAUCACUUGCAUACGCAUAUGCGAGUGCUUGGCCAACGCAUUGCCAACAUGGUCUGGUUGAACAUUCCGGCACAACAAACCUAUGUCCUCAAGGGGGCGAUAGAGUUGCUUUCAAAUACUGUGCAGUUAAUCUGGAUAUGUUAUUAUUCAAAAAAGUUGCUAUAAAAAUAUUGACUUUACCUUACUUGCUCAGCAGUGGGCAGUAGUUGAUUUGAAAGAGAAAGCUCACUGUAUAUGUGGACAGUUCACAAAAUAUCAGUUAUAGUGCCCCUUGUGGCAGCGUUGAAAAUGCAACGCUUACUUGCAUUGUGGUCUGACUUGUGUGUUAUUGCUUUGGAAAAGAAUAACACACAAAAGUUGCAUAGCCACUUUUUACUCAAGCUUGAUUCUGUGUUCAUGUACUUUGGGUAGAGAAUGUUUCCAACUGUCCCAAACUGUCCCUCACAGCCUCGUUUUCAUUCUCGUCCAAAAAAAAGGGGGGAAAAAGAAAAUGGCGCUACUCUGAAUAAGGUCUAUUGCUGAAAUUGUGUCCAGAUAUUUGAUAAAUAAAAUGCUAUUUAUUCAAAACACAUAAAAAAGGGAAACAGAACAUGUUGUCAUCUCUUAAGAGUGUUUUUGAGAAGAUUUGGAACUUACAUAGUGGGGUCCAACCAAAUCCGGUCAAAUAAUCACAACAUGACCAAUUUUGGACUUCUAUCACUAGUUUAAAGAUGUUCACAACAUAUAGGCUACUUCUGAUGUCCCAUUUUAUCUGUGUCUGUCUGUUUGAUAGUCAUGUUAUUUAUUGCAAUAAAGUCUUUGUGUUACAACACG